AUGGGCUUCACCAAGAAACACAACAAGAAGGGCCUGCAGAAAAUGCAGGCCAACAAUGCCAAGGCCACAGCUGCUCGAGCCGAGGUCAUCAAGGAUCUUGUGCAGACCAUGGAGGUCAAGGCUAAGAUCCCAAUGGGCGUCAACCGCAAGCUUAGCCGACUAGCCUACACUGCCCACCCCAACCUUGGCAAGUGGGCUCGGGCACGUAUUGCCAAGGGCCUGAGGCUCUGCGGUCCAAGACCAAGGCACAAAGCAAGGCUGAGGCUUCAUCCAAGGUGUCGACUCCAGCAAGACUCCCAAAGGCGCCUGGCCCCAGCUCCAGUUCCCAAAGGUGAGCAGGCCCCAGCUCAAGCUCCCAAUGGUACCCAGGCUCCCACAAAGUAG